CAACAACAGGCUACUUUACGAAGAAGGCAGCUGCAUGGAUAGCGACAACAACGACGACCAGGAUUUCACGCAUGCAAAGAUAUUUUCUCAAACCCAAAUGCAUCUUAGCCUUAUAAUGGGACACUGUGUGCAGGCUAGCCGGCUGGCUCGCGAGCUAUCUGCGUCUCUCUAUGUUUGAGUGUCUUCCGGCAGCAGCGGUGGCGGCAGCAGCGGUGCCAUGAACAGUGGACUCCCAGCCUCAGCUGCUCCGCUUGGGGGUGCCGGAAUACCCAAUGUCAAGGUGAAGUUUUGCCGAUAUUACGCGAAAGACAAAACCUGUUUUUAUGGAGAAGAGUGCCAGUUUCUGCACGAAGAUCCGUCCAUGUCGAGCCUGCCGCUGCACGGUGGCGGGAGCCCCGUACCGUUGUCGAUGGCCGGAGGUGGCGGGACCCCAGCGGUGUAUUCCCUCGGCGGCUCUGUAGCGGCCUGUCCGGGAAGCGCGGGCACCGGUGUGUCCAAGAAAAGUGAAACAAUGGGUCCCGCAGGCGCAUCUCUAGAUGGGCAGCUGUUAACAAUCCCAGGGAUGGAGGGUGCAACCCUGAGUGAUGCCAAUCUAACCAACUCUUACUUCAGCAGCAGCUUUAUUGGGGUCAAUGGGUUUGGAAGCCCAGCAGAGACUAAAUACUCAAUGAUGCAGCGAAUGACUACCAGCAGCAGCUCUCCCAGCCUCAACGAUGGUGCCAAGAACUUCAGCCACAGCACUCAUGAACCAGUGAACUCUCCGACAUCCUCACUGUUCAGUGAUUUUGGUGCUCUUAAUAUUUCCCAAAGGAGAAAGACUCCUAACCCGGCAGCAAGUGAGUUCAUCCCUAAGGGAGCUCCACGUAUGCCCACUAUGGUUCAGUCCCCUGUCCAGGCCUUCCCCUCGCCUCUCUUCCCACAUCCUGGCCUCAGCAGCUCCACAGCUGCUGCCCUCGCUCCUGGCAUGUCUCUUUCUGCGGGAUCUUCUCCUCUCCACUCCCCAAAAAUUACACCGCACACCUCACCUGCUCCACGUCGGCGCAGUCACACACCAAACCCUGCCAACUUCAUGGUGCCAACAACUGCAGCUGAUCAGGGUCCUCAUAUGAUCCAGAAAGAAACUGUAGGGGGGACGACCUACUUCUACACGGACAACACUCCGGCACCAAUGGCUGGGAUGGUGUUUCCUACAUACCAUAUCUAUCCCCCCACUGCGCCCCAUGUGGCUUACAUGCAGCCAAAAGCUAAUGCCCCGUCCUUCUUCAUGGCGGAUGAACUCCGACAGGAGUUGAUAAACAGACAUCUGAUAACCAUGGCCCAGAUUGACCACUCGGAGAACCCAGAUGUACCCUCUGAGGUCGACAGCUACCACAGCCUGUUCCCGCUCGAGGCCGUCCCUCCACCAAACCGCAUGCAGAAGACCAGCAACUUCAACUACAUCACCUCCUGCUACAAGGCUGUCAACAGCAAGGAUGACCUGCCUUACUGCCUGAGGAGGAUACACGGUUUCCGCCUUGUUAACACCAAGUGUAUGAUGCUGGUGGACAUGUGGAAGAAAAUUCAGCACUCAAACGCCGUAACACUGAGAGAGGUCUUCACCACGAAGGCCUUUGGAGACCACUCGUUGGUGUUCUCCUAUGACUUCCAUGCGGGUGCAGAAACCAUGUUCAGCAGACACUUCAAUGACCCAGCAGCAGAUUCCUACUUUACCAAGAGAAAGUGGGGACAACACGAACCUCCCCCGCCACGGCAGCAUGCAGGUUUGCUCCCUGAGUCUCUGAUCUGGGCCUACAUUGUCCAGCUCAGCUCGGCCCUGCGCACCAUCCACACUGCCGGCCUGGCCUGCCGUGUCAUGGACCCCAGCAAGAUUCUUAUCACUGGCAAGACAAGGUUGCGAUUGAACUGUGUCGGGGUGUUUGAUGUCUUAACUUUUGACAACAGCCAGACCAAUCAUCUUGCCCUAAUGCCACAGUACCAGCAAGCAGACCUUGUGUCGCUGGGAAAGGUGGUGCUGGCCUUGGCAUGUAACUCAUUGGCUGGUAUUCAAAGGGAGAACCUGCAGAAGGCCAUGGAGCUGGUGUCUAUCAACUACUCUUCAGACCUCAAGAACCUCAUUCUGUAUCUGCUGACUGAACAAUCUCGCCUGCGCAGCGUCAAUGACAUUAUGCCGAUGAUUGGAGCUCGAUUCUACACACAACUGGAUGCGUCGCAGAUGAGGAACGAUGUCAUUGAGGAGGAUCUGGCCAAGGAGGUGCAAAACGGUCGUCUCUUCCGCCUGUUGGCCAAACUGGGCACCAUCAACGAGCGACCAGAGUUUCAGAAAGACCCGACAUGGUCAGAGACGGGCGACCGUUACCUGUUGAAGCUUUUCCGGGAUCACCUGUUUCACCAGGUGACGGAAGCUGGGACGCCCUGGAUCGACCUCAGCCACAUUGUCUCCUGCCUCAACAAACUGGACGCUGGCGUUCCUGAGAAGAUCAGCCUGGUGUCGCGGGAUGAGAAAAGCGUCCUGGUCGUGACCUACUCGGACCUGAAGCGUUGCUUCGACAGUACCUUCCAGGAGCUGCACGGUGCAGCCUCCGGCUCUCUGUAGCGCCCUCUUCGGGCCCGGGAUGGGACUGCCUGUACCUGGAGCAAACUAUUGCACUGCAGCGGAGGACCAGUCUCAUUGAGAUGACAUCAACAUGGCGAAGGCAGCGGGGCAGGGCUUCGUGAACCUCAGUCACAUACACUGACUAUGUCCACCAGGAAGGCUUUUUCUAAAGUGUAUUUUUUUUAGUUUUCCUAAACCCCGCAGCUGAAAAUCGUAAAAUAAACAGGACAAAAAACACAAACGGACAAAAACGGAAACUGUGACGAACGAGUACGAUGACAUUUUUUUAGAUUUGGGAAACAAACAAGAAAAAACCACGAGGUUUUGAACUUUUUUCUGGCUUUUAUUGUUUGUUUCUACAUUUGGGGUUUAUUUUUCUGAGGAGGAUGCACUAAGAUUUUAAUUUUUUUGUUAAUUUUUUGUUAUUUUUAUCAAUAUGUGUGAGUGGCCUACAGGGUGUACAGAGAGCUAACGUCACACAGAAACAUAAAUACCAGAGCAGGUAAAACAAAAGAACAACCAUACAAUGAAAUCCAGCUUUCUAUUGACUUCUAUCCUCCAGCUGGAGACCACACCCCUUCAUUCUUGACGCACUAGGAGACGGGACACACCACUCGAGGCUCUCAUUAGACCGGGACGGCACCUGUUUCAUGAAAUGGGUCUGCCCACCUUUGCCUUGGUUGUUAGUUUUCCCUAAGAAAGGACAAACCACUUGGGUGAAUGAGAAGGGUUUCUAAAACUGGAAAAAUCUAUGGAUUUUGGACAUUUUAGUUCAGGACCUUGCGGAACAUCAGGCACGUGGGUGGAUGGGCUACCAUGGACUUGGUUUCACGAUUGUGGGGGUAAAAUGUUUUUUUUUGUUUAGCACUGAGAAAGGGGUGUCUUCUGAUGCCAUUUACCAAGUGUUUGUUAUAUAUGCAGCAACCACCUUUGAUUAAUGGACGCUUUCGUGACAUGAACUGCUCAAGGAGGGGUCAUCUUGGUAUGGCUGUCUAGCACUUGGUUGGAGCCCGUGGGUGGGGCUUCUGUUGAGGUGGAGCCACAGCUGCCUCUUUGUGGAAUGUCCUUAUUUUGUCCCCCACCCGUCCUCCUGCCCCAAAGUCCCCUUCCUGUCCCUCUCUUACUCCUUCUUUCUGCUUUUUAUCCCAAUCACCACUUCCCAACAGGGGGUCUAGGCCACUCUACAUUUGAGUAAAAAAAGUGACACUUUUGGAGAUUCUUUCGAGCUCCGUUUUCUCUUUGCUCGGAUAUUGUGCAGGAAUGCAUGAUGGGAACUGGGAGGGAAAUUUAUUUUUGCCUCAAUUCAACUUUAUUAUUCUGUGGACCAAUUCCAGCAAGAGUUUAGGGAAAGGGGAAGGGGUGGAGGACAACGGAGAGAACAGGGCAACGACGGCUAUGUUUUAUUUGACUUUUAAGGCUCAUGAAAUACAAACGUGGUGGAGACAAAACGGUGGUGCUGGCUGCUGCACUCACUUGGGUGGCUUUGAUUUCUCUCAGGAUGACCAACAGCUGGAGGGGCCCAAUGAUUGAAUGUGUUUGGCUGUCAUUGGUCGCCCCCCUGUCCAGUCAGACAGAUGAUCUACAGUGGAGUGGGUGGGCCGUCUUCAGGUGCAGGUUUUAGGAAGUUAGUGGCACCAUGGAGAUCAUGGUGUGAGGGAUAUCAUGUUGUCCUUAAGUACGGUUCAUAUUCCGUUGACGAUUUGAAUCUCUGACUCAACUUAAAUGUAUAAAUUUGGUGCAAACCUGCUUCACUCUGAUAAAGAGAUAAAGCUCUGUAUAAUUACUGUUUUUGAUUCCUCUGCCUUAUUCUACUUCUCAGUAGCUUUUGACAAGUGUGCACAAGCAAAAGACUAGAAAACGGGUCUCGUGUAUUAAGCGCAGUGUCGUAUAAGAGACGAAUCAAGGGUAAAGGCAUAAACCAGAUCAAUGUCUUGGCUUUUACAUAGACUUUUCAAAGGUUUAAUGGAAGUGGAUGAUCUGUACUUUGGGGUAACACACCUGCAGAGAGCUGGCUGUGUUAGAUCAUGUCCUACUUCCUCUGUUGUAGUGAAAUGAACAGACAAAAACAUAUUUGAAUGUGGUGCUUUAGAAAACCCUCGAAACACACACAGAGAAGCACACCUGCCCCCCAACUCGGUCCACACAAUGUCAGUUCUCAUAUCACUAUCUUCCACAUCAUAACACACACACACACACACUCCGGUUGAUAUUAGUAAUGACCUUCUUCUCCCCCACACCAACAGACCUACAAUCACCAUCUUAGUAUGUUUUAUGCUCCUCUUGUGUUCAUUGUCUCAAAUUUUGCAAUAUUUGUGUGUACAGCAGUAUUUUAAUAAAGAAUACCAAACUG